AAAACCCUGAAGAAGAAACCUGCUCGAUAAUUAUAUGAAACGAGUGCAGUCGAUAAAGCUCAUCAUUCAAGUCGUUACAUCGCAUCAGAGAAAGAUGCAGCGGCAAGAGAGAUUUUUUGUGAUUUCGUUGUACAUCUGUGUCGCGACGCUGUUGGCAUUCGUCAGCGGCACCGUACAUCACAACUACAUCUCCAACAGAUUCGAUCAUUUCACCGAAGAUGAAUACAACACCAUAUUUCCCCACAAGGAAGACGAAAGAGGCACCUUGAAGCUCAUCAACGUGCUCUUCAGACAUGGCAACAGAACAGCAGACAGUCAAGCAGAACUAUAUCCUAGAGAUCCAUACUUGAACAACACGUAUUUCCCUUACGGACUUGGACAACUAACUAGGAUUGGUAAAAGGAGGGAAUACGAUAUAGGAGUAGCACUAAGAAAACGGUACAACAAUUUUUUGGGACAAUACUAUUACCCCGAAAUAGUAGAAGCUAUCAGUACGGAUUACAACAGGACAAAAAUGUCCCUUCAGUUGGUACUUGCAGGACUUUUUCCACCUAGGAGAGACGACAUGUUCGACGACAAUUUCUUUUGGCAACCAAUACCGUUCAACUAUUUCCCCAGACCACAAGACAGGGUAUUGUUGGGUGUCCUGUGUCCAAGAUAUCUGGAAAUAUACGAACAAUACUGUGCCUCGAACCGAAUCCAGGGAAAAUUCCAGAAAUACCAAAAAAUCUUCGACUACGUUUCUCAGCACAGCGGCCUGAACGUGACAAGAUUUCAACACCUCUACCAAUUGUAUUUCGGUUUGUCCACGGAGAGCGAAUACGGUCUGGACAUGCCUGCUUGGACGAACGCCGUUUGGCCGGACACCAUCGUCAAACUGUCCAUCGAAGAAUACUACAUCUCGAUGGGAAACUCCAAUCUGAGGAAAAUGGCGGCCGGCUAUUUUUUGCACAAACUCUUGGAGGACGCCCGCAGAAAGAUGUCCGACACCAGCAAACUGACGAGAAAGAUCCAUCUGUAUUCUGCCCACGAGAACAACAUUGCGCAACUGUUGAUCGCCCUCGGAGUUUUCGAGCCUCAUAUCCCCAAUUACGGGGCGUACGCCAUACUGGAGUUGCACAAAGUCAAUGGGGUGUAUGGUUUCAAGAUUUUUUAUGACAAUUGGACGGGAGGUGGACCGCGACUUUUAAAGAUGCCGCGAUGCGGGGAAUUUUGUCCGUUCGAUAGAUUCAUAUCUUUGAUCGACGAACAUCUUCCAAUCAACCACGAAAAUCUGUGU